AUGUCCGACUCCAAAGCAACUGAUGCGGCCAUGGAUUCGGCAUGGCGCACCGAUAUAGGCACACUAUGGACUGCAGCCGUGGCAAAACAUAACCAAAAAGUCGGCAUCAAGUUCAAACUCGAUCAAUCCAAAGCCAUGAACACACCAUGGAACAGUACCACCAUGCAGGCCACCUUGAACCGGUUGACUGCCGAGUUCGAAAAGGAGCGCGACUCGGUUGGUCAUUUCUCGGAUCGCAUUAGAGGCCCGCUUCAGGUCACACUCAAGAUUGCAAAGGGGGCGGCCGAGGUCAUUCUUCGUACUGCGAGCACCAUCGGCGCCAUUGCAGGGAGCGUGUUUGCGCCGGCACCCAUCAUUGCAGAAGCUUUGGUCUUUGUUUUGAGUGCCACGCAAAAAGUGUCGGGUCAGCUCGAUGAGAUCCAAAAGUUCUUUGAAGUCACAGAAAACUUCUUCCGGCGUCUGUCGAUACUCGAGGGAAGGCUGCCGGAUGGACCCCAAUUUGGGCAGCAGCUUGUCGAUGUGUUUGACAGGCUUCUCGGCUUCAUUGUUGAUGCCCAGAUCUUUGUCGGCCGUGGCAAGUUCAUGAACUUCUUCAAAGAGCUGGCCAAACCAUCCACGCCCUUGUCCGAUGCGCAUGCCUUGUUUCAGGAGCAGCUCACUCGCCUUGACCAGGCAGCGUUAUACUGCACUUUGGGCAUCUCAGUCGACAUCAAUAAGAACGUUGCCGACCUCCGCGCCUUGGUGGACUUGGUCAUUGACGAUACCCAUCACAUCGUUGGACAGAUUGAUGGACUCGGCACCAAUAUCGUCGAUCUGAAGCUGCAAAUCGGUAGCUUCAGGCGAGACUUUAGCACAUUCUCUCACGAGAUACGUCACAAACCCAAGGCGGUCGAUACCAGCAAACAUAUCACGGAUGUUGUCACGGUGGACCACGCUAGCUAUCAAUCCAACGUUCUGAGAACCCUCAGGGCAUCAUUCAACAUUGGAGAUACAGAAGGCAUACACCAGAGACGGCUGACCAGGAUGUUGUCUUCACGUCUUCCUGGCACCUGCGAGUGGAUUCAUCACCAACAAGCCUACCAUACCCUCCUUGAUGGAACAUCUCAGUUUCUUAUGCUACAAGGUGGCCGUCACACCGGGAGAAGCAUGUUAUCAUCGUUUAUUUUUGAGCAUCUCAAGACCUCCAAGCAACAACUCCCGAUCAACAAGAGUGGCACACAAACCGAAGCUGCAUGUAUAUCGGUCGCCUACUUCUGUUUUGGUCAAGAGUUUGGAGGACGAAACUCUGUUGACGACAUGAUUCGUUGCUGUGUUAUGCAAAUCGUCGAACAAGACGCUGCGUAUCGCAAAUGGGCCAUGGAUCACUAUCUCGGGCAGAAGUCUCGAGGAGAGAGUACCAACCCAACAUGGGACGGUCACUUUGCUGAGAGAUUUAAACCAUCGGAGGGAGACUCACAUCAGCCCUGGCUGUUCCUGAUUCUUGACGACGUCGACAUUUCCGAGUCAAAGGACGAGCUGCUCAAGUUCCAGACAACCAUCGAAAAGAUAAAGUUGAGAAUCAGUCUCGUCCUGACUACAAGCUCGAAUAUGGAGAUUGAUAUUCCGGAAGAGUCCAAGAUUGUUCUGGGAGGCGGUAACACAAAUACUGACAAUCACGAUCUCCGCACCUUCACCAAGCAUCUUUCCAUGAACUUGUCCCCUUUGAAUGACCUCGCGCCCGAAACACGAGAAAGCCUCGUCAAUGGUGUGUGUGAGAAAGCAACCACCUACUUGUAUGUGGACUAUGCUCUCCGACGAUUCAACGUCCUUGGCGGCAGUGACUUGUCUCCAUUGAACACGCUCAAAACGAAUCACGUGGAGAUAUACGGGGACCUCUUUCAUGAAUGCAUCGAUCAUCGAAACGAACAAGAACAGACUCAGCUUCAUUGUCUCUUUACUUGGCUGGCUCUCUGCAAUGACCAACCGCUGUGUCUUGGGACAGCAAAAGUCCUGCUCAAUUUGGUGUCCCAAUGGCAGAUCAACGCAGAUGCGGAGGAGAUCCGCGCAGGAAAGGGGGAAGCCAAGUUCCGCGACGGAGUCGGCCUUGCAGCUGGGAAUCGGCUUCAAGUGGAACUGGCGGGCAACUUAUCGCUCCUUCUAUCUCGGUCAGCCCCAAUGUCCAGACACGGUCAAAACGGUGGUCAAGCAGGCGACGACGACCUAAUUCAGUUCCGACAUCCUGCGCUCCAGGCAUACUGGCCAACGACAACAUGGGCUAGUCUCCCGGCUAAUGUUCUCAUGUUUAAGAUGCUCUCUCAUGUUCUUACUGAGAAGAUCGAUGUCGAGGAGGAGAAGGAUAAGAACCAUGAGCAGCUUGUGUAUCAAGCUGCCACACUUUGGUUCAAGUUCUUACGAGCUACUUCAUCACAAUACUUGCAUGUUGAUCCUAUAAUGGAUUCACCCCAGAAGAAACCAGAAAUGAAACCACCGCGAAGCAUCAUGACUACGACACCACCGCGCAGUAUCAUGGCUGGCCUCGCGACGAGCCGUCGGGCAAUCGGGCCAUUCGCCCGCAAUCAGAGCACCAGUGUUGCUAACCACAUCAGUCCCCCUCGGGAAGGUCCAGUGAAGAGGUCAUAUCGCGCACCGAUUUCAGAGCAUGAGGCUUCGGGGCCGCAACGCGUAACGUUCUCAAGACCCGAGAUUCCAAUCAAGGAGAAGAGCCGACCGGCUGCUGUUGUUGCAAAGACCGUGGUACGAGGAAUAGCUCACGUCCUCAGCAACGAGAAUGGUGCAUUGAAGAUUCUGGAGGUCAAUGUACCCGAAGUAGAUUGGGGGAAAUGCCAAUCUCUGCUGGGAAAAGACUUUGAUGAGAUCCGUGGAACGUUGAGGAUACUUUCCUACUGGCUGCGUUUAGUAGACAGGGGUGACUUGACCGGCCUGUCCGAAGGACCUCGAGACUGGCUCAACGCGAUAGAACCAGAGAGGGAUUAUCCAGGGCCCCACUGCAGCAUCCUCGAACAGUUGGCAGCGCGCCAUAGCGACAAUUGGGGAGCGGCACAGUUUCCGAGCAGUGCAUACAACUCAUUCCGAUUCGCCCACCAAGCGUUGCGCGAUCGAGACACCUACAUGUUGCAAGGGAGAGGACCCUACCCCCUGCACUUUGAGCCUGAAGCACGCGUGGAAGCAAUCCUCGAAGCGGGAGAGGGGCUGAGAAUAAGGAUGAAAGGGCAGGAUGAUGAGGGUGAGAGGCUGAAGGCUGCCACAGCCAGUGUUGCCAUCGCGAUGGCGCUGCGGUAUGACGGGCUCUACGAGCCAGCGUUGGAAGAGGCUCUCAAUGCGGCCAAGAUCAUCGAGGGACAGGAUGAACAUGGAAAGGAAGUCUUCAAUUCGUUCAAAAAUGCAUACGACGAGGCCAUAAGAGCACGAAAUGGCGAGCCAGACACGACGCCCAAGACCAGCAUCGGUGGCUACGAAACGAGUUUACAGCAACUCAUGGAAAGCGGCAACUCUUAUCUCUUGGGAAGCAAAGAGGCUAAGCUUCGUUUUGACGUUUACAAUCGGAUUGGGCGAAUUUGUUAUGGCAUGUCAGAAGACAAGACUGAUCUGGCGGUCGAGGCUGGUGCCAAGUCCCUCCCGGAAAAGGCGUUGGAGAAGAAGGGAUAUCUCGAGGCUUCCCGAGUGGCAUUUGUGACGGCGCUUGGAACAAAAGAGGAGGGCCGUAACAUGAUACGGACCUAUUGGUUGAAGGCCAAGGUCGAAGCACUUCUUCAGGAUGACAAGUGUGCUCUGGAGAGCGUCAAGAAAGCCGUCGAGACUGCCAAAAAGAGUGACGAGGAGAUUACAACUGUCUUCUUCGACGAGCUGGUUCAUGAGUUGAGCAAGGGCAUGGAUGGACCAGAGAACGUUCUUCAACUCUUAGACCUUAUAGGGCAUGCGCAGCUCGUCAAGGGUUUCAUGGGAGAAACACACCAGCGAAUCCACAAGGCAGCCAAGAAGCAAGGCAAGUCGGCCGCUGAGAAGGUCAAAAGGAUUUAUGCCGAGGCCGUCAAUCGUCUGAUCGAUGGGGAAGAUGCGGCUGCGCAGAUGCUGUCGAUCUGGUGGGCCGAUUUUGUGCGCUUCGUCUGGGCAGAGUUCCAAGAGGAUGCGGCAGAAGAAGCCGAGGAGAUCCUGCGUCGAGCACUCCGUGUCAAGGUCGCUGGGAGUGUCGAUACUACUAUACGUAUCGGCUGGCGGCUUGCCGACAUGUUUCUCGAGCAGUUCUUGGGUCCUGCAGAAAGGAGACAGGAACCUGUCGACUUGAAGGAUGUUGUGGCCAAGAAGCAGGUUGCCCUUGAUAAGAUGGAAGAUCUGGUGUCUCAGUUGCAGGGGCUUCAGGCCGACUUUGAGCCUUAUCAGUCUCAAAUAAGCAUCCCGCUAUCCAUCAUGCGGCGCAAGCUCAGUCCAGCCUUGGACUUCUUCGAAGGCGCCGAUCAGACUUUUCAGGGGUGCGUCAAGACUCUGACGGACGAGCACCAGGACAACGACGCCCCAAGCUUCCAGGUCCUUGCUAAGGUCCUAUGUCUGGUGCCUGGUUUGAAGAAGCAUGCAGAGAUUGCUGCCUCCUGCCAGUUCUAUGUUAUCGAUGACCAGCUAUUUACAGGGAAAAGUCAGUCCCCCGUGACUUGCAGUUACUGCGAGAAACACGUUGGCGGAGAUGCUGAGACGGAGGCUGUCUAUCUGUGCUGCUAUUGUACCAAUACCUUCGCCUGCAAGAGCUGCUACGACAACAAAGCAUCUGGGAAGCCCAACAGAGCCACUGAAGAGCUAGAUGCUGUCGUGCUGCAGCCCCCAUGUCGACCUGAGCACUUCUACGUAUCAGCCCGUGGCGACAACUGGGGUGGAACCAGGGACGGCCAGAUGGUUAUCAAGGGUGGACAGGAGAGAGAGCUGUCGUUCCAAGAAUGGUUGGACGAGCUCAAGGGGGAAUGGGAAGUCGCAUGGCAGAAGUCCUGGGGAGAGCCUACACUUUGA